AUGUCACUUUUCGGUGGAAGAACAUUCAAGGAUGGUUUAUAUCUUAUCAGUAAAUGGAAGUUUGUAAAGGGUGAUAAGAUUGAAAUCUUAUCAGGAAGAGAUAAAGGUAAACAAGGUAUCAUCAAAUCAGUAAAUAGAAAACAUAACAAUGUAUUGGUUGAAGGUUUAAAGUUGAUCAAGAAGUUGGCUAGAUCUACCAAGCAAUCAAAGGGUGGAGCAUAUACCAAGGAAGCACCAAUUCAUUAUUCUAAUUUGGCUCAUGUUGAUCCAAAGUAUCAAUGCGCAACAAAGGUACAUUUCCAAUUAAUUGAUGGUGUUAGAGAAAGAAUUGCCAAGGCCUCAAACUCUAUCAUUCCAAAACCAAAAUUAGAUCUAUCAAAGAAAUGGAGAAAAGAAAAUAUCGAUGGUACAUUGGAUACUGCCCCAGCUAUCGUCAAACAAAAGACUUUUACUGGUGUCAUUGAUAGCAUCGAUCCAAGACCAACCCUUUAA